AUGCUAGGACAAUCAAAAACAAACGAAUGGAAUAAUACUAGGGACCAUUGUUUGCACCAAGUCCUUGGUGCUAUUGCACACACAAACUCAAUUAUAAGGAAGAAUGAUGCUAGACCUAUAGCACAUAAGGGUGACGAGCUGAUUGAGUGGAACGACGCGUCUAACUCCCCACCACAACAUCCGAUGUCGAACACUGAGUAUAACUUCAACUUCAAUCCUCCCCCUCCCCCUCCCCUGUAUGGCCAUCCCAGCACACCAACAGGCCAUGCGUAUGGUGGAAUGGUUGGUGCACAUGAAACGGAAAGAGCCAUGUACCCAGGUGGCCCGGCAGGAAUGUUGGAUGGUCGUCCAAUGUCUGUCCCAGCGCUGACACCAGGGUCGUCUUCGCAUGAGUUCCAGCGGCCGGCGUCAGUCGUUCCCAUCAUAGAUCCCCGACUUGCUACAGCUCCAGGGGGUGUCGGAACAAGCACCAGCUCAGCACAGAACACUAGCGGUCCACCAAAGUCGAUGAAAAUCUCUCAGGUUUUGAGUGAAAUGACCAGUUUCAACCGCCGGCUGGCCCAUGCAGAGGACUUGGAGCUAUGUGUUCAGCAGAUUGAGGCCGCAAAUACAGAGCUGAAGGCUCAGAUCAAGGAUAUGGAGGAAAGGUUCGAGGCAAAACUGGCCAGCUUGCUUGCAAAUAAGAGUCACGAUGAUGUGGGAGACACGGCUGAAGCAGAGACCGACGAAGAGUUUGAGAAAGAUGUCGAGAAGCUUGAAAAGAGUGCCAUUGCAUUUGGAGACAAUGGUCUAAAGAUGUUAAUGGGAAUUGCAAAGCUUACCAUCGACAUUCUCCCCCCAUAUCCAAGCGAUGAUGACGAUUGGUCACUCGAUCCUGCCACAAAGGAGCGCUUGAUGCGGUUUCGCUGGGCUGAAUCUCAUCAGCAUACUGAUAAUCAUGCCAAUGUCCUGUGCAUUAUUGCUUACAUGCGCCAACAUGGUGCUACCGUUUGCGCCGGCAGCGGUCCUGCUCUUUGUGACAUCAGCGAUGAGGACUUGCGUGCACGUGUCAUUAAGAAAUAUCAGGACCUCCAGAAGAAUUUGCGGAAGGCUGGCAAGUUGUCCAGAAACUUGAUGGCGCCCCUCACAGCUGCCUCAGACACAGUUGAAAGUGCUCCUCCUGGGCCCGAGGCUGAGGCUGUCAUCGUAACAGUGAUUUCACGAUCAAAACUACAAAGUCAUGCCAGAGGUAAACUUGAAGUGCGUAUCCGAAAAUAUGAGAAUCUGCCAAAGGAGUCAGAGCUCUCGGAACAAGAGAUGGCCGGUCCUCCUGAUCCUGGUCACUGCCAGGAAUUCGUACAUCAGGCCAUGGAACUGGACGGAAAUUAUAGUCUUGGAGGGGUUGGUGGUUGGGUGCUCAACGUUCCACAGGGUACUGCUCUGGCUCUCCUGCAGAGCUCGAAAGAUGAUGGUAGUGGAUAUAUAGGAGUUGGGACUUAG